AUGUCAGGCCCCAAGAUUGCCUGCAUAUGCGUGAUUGGAAAGGCUGACAAUCCUCUCCAUAUCACACUAUUCCCACCGUACCAAGACUCCAUUGUAGAUUUCUCUUUCUCCUUGAACGCAUGCCUUGAUGUCUUUGAGGUACGGCAGAAAAAGACUUCAGUCGGCCAGGAUCUGGGCCUCUUGCAUGCGAUCGAUGAACGAUUAGCCGCGUAUGGCUGGUUAACAACCACUGGGGUGAAGUUCUUGAUCGUGGUGGAUACAAUAGGGCAACCAACACGUGUUGGGGCCGAAAGUUUGGGCAUCGGUGCGAUGGCGACAUUGAGGGAAUCGGACUUGAAGCCGGCUUUCCGAGAGCUGCAAACUGCAUACGUUCAACUGUUACAAAACCCGUUUUACUUUCCGGACGAUUAUACGCCUACUGCGAAGACCGCAACAUCGAGUUCGAAUGCAUCGCAAAUCGUCGACCGAAAGUUCAUUACGGCAGUCAAGCGUAUCGGCGAUACCUGGGCUCCGGGAAUGACUGGGCUCUGA